AUGUUAAGAAAAAAAUCCAGAUGUAAUUGGAUUAAGCUUAGUGACGCCAACUCCAAAUUCUUUCAUUCUGUUAUGAAAGGGAGGUUUAGGAGCAAUAAUAUGGUGGGGAUGGAAUCGGUCAGGGGUAGAUUGAUGAGGGUUGAAGAUAUCAAAAUUGGGGUGUUUCGUCAUUUUAAAAAUCAAUUUUCUAAGUCGGUUCCUUUGUGUCACGUCCUGGAUGGUGAGGUGUUUAAUUCUUUAUCUAAGGAGGAAAAAGAUAUGGGUUUUCGGGAAGGAAAUACUUGGAAUUGGGAUUUAAGUAUUGAUGAGAAUCGGUUGGUGGGUGACUGUGUGUGGGAGUGGGUGGAUUUGACUGCUUUGUUGGAAGGUGUUAGGCCGGAUUUAGCGGUGGUGAUAAGUUGGCGUGGUGGAAGAUUGUAG